UUUCAGUGAAACCACAACGACCCCAACGGACGCAAUGAGGAAGGUUGCCGCCGCGGCCAUCGCCGUCGCCGUGAUCGCAACGCUGAUUCUAUGGAGGCUUUCGACAACAGGAGAGUUGAAACACGUGAUACAUUGGGCUCAGAACCAUCAAGUUGUCGGUGGCAUCGCUUACAUCGCCGUGUUUGCGAUAUCUGUGGUGGCUUGCUUACCUGCAAGUGUGUUUGAGCUCGCGGCGGGCUACAUGUUUGGGUUUGGGUGGGGAUGGGUUGUCGCCGUGUCAGGGAAGACACUUGGUUCUGUUGUGUCCUUUGCACUAGGGCGGUACUACCUCCAAGGGUGGGUGCACAAGAUGAUGCGUCGAGGCCCGCCAAUCUUCCGUGCCCUUGCUCAGCUGAUGACACGCAGCGAACUCAAGUGGAAGGUUGUGAUUUUGACGAGAAUUGCAUGGAUGCCGAUCGCCAUCAAGAACUACGGACUCAGUGUGAUUCCCGUGUCGUUCUCGCUGUUUUUCUGGCCCAUGCUCAUCGUUGGGGCAGCGUUCUCGGCCAUUUCUGUGUACCUUGGGCAUACAGCCACCCACGUCACAUCUAUCUUGACUGGUGGCGGCGAAGAAGAAGGCGGUGGGGGAGAGCCCAAGUCGCCUCUCCACGUGACCGUUAUGGUGGUUGGCGCCAGCAGUGCCUUUGCUUUGAUCGGGAUACUCGGCUACCAUACGCGGCAACAUCUUGAAGAGCUGACGAAGAAUGAAAAGACGGAUAGAGGGGAUGUAGAGGACUCUGAGGACCAAUCGCUCACGGCAUCUUCGUCGAUUCCAAAACGGACGACCGACGCCGUGGAACUCGCGCCAAAUGCAGUCGUUUGACUCGUAUUUAUUUGGUCACUUGCGUCAUCGUGUCUGCGAAAUUUGUUGAGCGCCGUGCGGCAUGUUUGCGCUUUCGAGACAGUCGAACUCUUCGAAAUUCAAGCAACUUUCGG